UACAGUUAGUUUCGAAUCUGGGGCGGGGGAAGCUAGUUUCAUGGUGUCUUAGCCGUGACAUGAAAAUUUAUCCAUUACAAAAACGAAUAUUAAUUGAGAAACAUUUUGAAAAUGGCGCCGACAUUCAAGAGUCACGUUUAGCUUUUGUUGCAAGUACGAUGUUGUCGUGAGUAGAUGGCGCUUUGUAUUUCGGUUGUCAAAAAAUGGAAUUCGAAACUGAGGAAUUUCCGCGAAGUUUAACGGAAGACAUUUUAAAAUACUUGGAACAACAGGACUAUCUCUGCGCCGAAGACGAUGGCCUCGCCGACAACGAUCAAGAAUACUUACACAAUGUUCGUCACAUGAUCGAACAGUUAAUCGAGAAGAUUGCAAGUAGAGCCGAAUACCUUGAGGCGUACAACGCAAAACUUAGAGAGCACAAUCAGUACCCGCUUUUCAACUUAAAGGAGCUCAUCCCCAACUUCGAGAUAGACGACGAUUUAUACAACAAACUGACAUUUCGCGAGACACUAGUCGUUGGUUCGUUCACCUCCUGCCCCACCUCUCAACUACCGACCGUCGUCGGCGGAUUAUGUCUCGACGUGCAAUCGGCGAAAGGUAAAAAUCCUCCUCUACGCCAACAGUCCGGCCUAAGCCAAAGUGUCGUUGAGCUGAUUACGAAUUUGGUAGCUGACAAAAGGAUCGGUAAAAAGUCGUUAUCCGACCACGAACUAGACAAAUUUAUUAUUAAUCUCAAGCCGCGUUACGAAAGAACAAAUUGUAAAUUUCUGGUACAUCUUUCUUCGGAGUUUGACGUCGACGGACACCAGGCCGGCUCCCGUAUAACUGCGUGGGUGGAUAGGAAUUUUCAUACUCUGGAAGAAAAACGACAAGAAUUUAUAAUAAUUGAUGGCGAGGUGAAUGAGAAAAUGCUUUACGUGGGGAUCCAGCCACGGCGUUACUAUGUAAAGCACGCGCACACGACUACGCAGCUGGAGGAUAAAAAGUACUACAAAAUGGAGGACGUAUCCAAGAUGGUAUGCGAAGGGUCUAAUUUUCUUUUAAUGCGAUAUCUGGCGAUAACUCGGUACGUGGGACAAUUUGAACUUACAACGCUGUAUAUAAACGGCGAUAUAUGUCGCAACCUCUAUGUAAGUAUGCACUGAUUACAGCAAGGUAACGGUAAGUGGCACUUUUGCUCAAUACAUAAAACAUAUUACCUCUGCUCUGGUUGGUUCUGUUGUAUGACCCCUUUAGUGCUCAUAGCCACUUUUUUGGGAUAUGAGUAAAAAAUGCACGCUUUUCUGUAGCACUAAAGACUGGCAAGUUGUGGGAUUCGAACUCACCACGUGUGAGGUUAAAGUCCGAAUCUUACACUUCGAAUAAAAAUGCGCUUUCCGAGAGUUAAAAGGAU